GGGUUUUGGGUAUAGGGUUUAGGGUCUCGUGUUAUGGGUGAUAGAAAAUAAUGUAAACGCCUUUGCCUUAUGUAGGGAAAAAAGAAAAACAUGAUAGUUGGUAUACCCACGAACUGUUGAAAUACAGACUGAAGUUCAAAUCCAGCAGCAGUUGAGGAAGAGAGGCGAGAGCUUACGGAGAUGGACUUCAUGGACUAUCUAGCCUCCCUGCCAGCCGGGAAGCUGGACGGCCUGUACGAGAGCCUGUGGACGUGCCAGGCGGUGCUAAGGUCGCUUCCACCUUUGGGAAAACUCUAUGUCCUGCGAUUACUCCACGUGGAGCAAGCCGUUGGUGGGAAGAGUCUGUCUGAUUGGGCGAAGCCGGAUGCAGGUAGCAAGCACGCGUUCGCAGUGGAAAGGCUGCAGCGAAUGCGAGUGCUGCUGGAAACAAGGGAGAGGACUGGGAAAAAGGAGGUGGUUUCGUAUCUGCUGAACCCAGCAUUCCAGACGAAUCUGCGUCAGGCGUUAUGUGUUGGGGGGUUGCCGCCGAGAGAGCCAGCCUCAUUGAAAGCCGGAGCGCGCCAGCUGUCCUUCUCAGAGCUGGACGCGUAUGCCGACAGGAAAUGGGAGUCGAUCCUUCUGGAGCUGGUUGCCUCUGGCUCCUCCUCUCAUUCCAUCAUCACGGAGACGUUCACUCGCGCUGGACUCAUUUCCUCCAAUGAGAACGGAUGGCAGAUUACCGAGCUGGGAUUUCAGUUCCUGUUGGCGGACAAGAGCACACAACUAUGGGCAGUUCUUCGCGAGUACGUGGCAGCAGCGGAGGAUCGGGGGAUGGACACAUCAUCUCUCAUCUGUUUCCUCCUGGAGCUUGGAUUCCUGGUCGUUGGUCAACCUUACGACACAGGUGGUUUGACCGCCGUGGAGCUGAAGAUGGUGGAGGAGCUGGCGCUCUUGGGGUUGGUGAAGAUUCAGAAGGGGUCCAGGGGGGAGAGCUGGUUCGUGGGCACGCGAUUGGCUGCCAGCUUGUGUGCCAGUCUGUCGGAGUCCAGCACAGGGCAUACGGUAGAGGGAUUCAUGUUGGUGGAGACUAACUUCCGGGUCUACGCGUACACAUCGUCCAAGCUACACCUUGAGAUUCUCAAGCUGUUUGUGAGGGUGGAGUACCAACUGCCCAACCUUGUCGUCGGGGGUAUUUCAAGGGAAAGUGUCAACCAUGCCUUUGCAUGUGGAAUCGCUGCAGACCAGAUCAUCUCGUACAUUCGCAAACAUGCGCAUCCAAAGAUUGCACACCGGACUCCGAUCCUUCCCGAGACGGUGGCUGACCAGAUUAGGCUGUGGGAACAUGACAGGAACCGUGUGAAAACAACACCGGCUGUCUACUACGAGAACCUUCCAAGCAAGGAGAUGUACGAUGCUGUGGUCCGGCAUGUGCGGACCCUUGGUGGACUGCUCUGGGAGCACGCUGGGCACCGACGCCUGGUGGUCCGGGCAGACCUUCAUGAGGAGGUGAGGAAUUUCAUGCGCAAGUAUGCUAGCAGAGCCCAGUAAUUUCUUCCUUUCCUUCCCUCCCCGCCCCCGCUCGCCUUUCCAAGGGGGAUCCCAUCCAAUCCCGGGGCCUUUCUUCUCCCUCCCCCCCCCCUCCCUAUGUCCUUGCAGCACGGCUAGAACUCUACCACUAGAACCUUCCAAGCAAAGAGAUGUACGGUGGCAUGUGCGGACCCUCGGUGGGCUGCUCAGGGAGCACGCUGGGCACCGACGCCUGGUGGUCCGUGCAUUCCUUCAUGAGCAAGUGAGGAAUUUCAUGCGCAAGGCUGCAAGCAUGCUAGCAGAUCCCUCUCUUGUGCUUGCAGCAGGACUUGAACUCAGGUCUGCUAAUCAGCAGUAAGAUUGGUGCACCAUUCAGUCACACGGACUGCGGCUGGUUGUCCAAGCAGACCUUCAUGACGAGCUGCUGCUAUUCUCGAAAGAGUGCCAGGCGUCCUGUUUAUUAGGACAGUGCGACUUCUUUCUAGGUGAAGUCCACCUGCUGCUAGAUGAAGACCCCCACUGAACCACUACUACUGCCUCACGACUUUCCACAAUGUUUCCUAAUGGGUACCCCCGGCCUCUUAGAACCCCCCUGCUCUAGGGGUGAAAGUCACCCUGUUAAAUUUCUGUAUUACAUUUGUCUGGUUUCACAGGGAUUCCAACUCUGGUCUGUAUGUCAAUAGUUCCUGGGUGUACCAAAUGAGCUAGGCCCGUUGUUUGCACCCUGUUAAAUUAAUUGGGUGGCCAGUGGCUGCCCCAAAAUCUUUCCGCCACACGGCUCUAUAAUCCUGAACAAAAUUCCGGAGCACUC